AUGGCGGCGGCUGCGACCAAUUCAAUGGCUCAUCAUAUGCCACGAGUGCGGCCUCCCAGGUUAAUGAAGGGAGAUCCGCACCCAAAUGCAAAACCCCAACCUCCUGGUGAAGCUCCACACGAUGCACUCUGGGUUCAAGGCCGAUGGCGAAACCCACGCUCUAGUGCGGUCAAACACGAACGAGCGACCCAGACCCGUCAAGUUUUAAAGGCUCUUCGGUGUGAGACGCGUGGGUUGAAUAUAUAUGCGUAUCGCCAUAUUCGAACAAAUCAAGUUGUCUAUAGCUUGACAAGAACAUUGGAGUCUACCAAAAUCCUCAAGCAACUGGUCUUCCAUGGCAAGAAGACUGUGCCUGCCACCGUCCGCAGGGAUAUGUGGACGCCUUACUACUCAAUUCAGUUCCCUCCCACCCCAGCUGGAGCACUUCAAGGCCUCUUUGCAUUUCAGAAACUACGAGAGCUCUCGCGACAACGGCAGUUGUCACCACCCGAAGCCUUGAUCAAAGUCACCCAAGAAGAUAUUGAUGUCGUGGCAUCAAAGUUAGGGUCUCCGGUUGACUUGCAAGAGAUGGAAGUGCGAGAUCUGUUGAUUGGGAAAAAGAAAAUACCAAAGCUCGAUGAGAUACUACCCAAAAAGUUAAGAGGGCGGAGGCUAAUGGACCACAAAGCUUUCAGUGUUGCUGAUGCCGCAUUUGUGCUUGGUUGGAUAAGCUCCGGUCCUCGUCCCUUGGAGAAGUUGACCGAAGUGGAAACGAAUCGAGUAGUCCGCCACCAGAACAGAACCAAAAGAGCACGAAAGAGAAUCAACGCCAUUCGUGUAGAAGAGGAGAAGAAGAAACAGGAGAUACGCAAGCGGGCGUCAUGGGUGCUUGACGAACCGGAUCCGAACGACCGGACUCGAUUGCCUCUCUCGCGUCGCGCUCUUCAGGAGCUCAGCAUGGAUGUUCACGGUUCGGUAGAUGGACAUAGGCUCGUUGAUGUUGAACACAUCCAGGAUAUUAGGAAAGCUAUAAAAGAUUGGGAAUCUUUCAGUCAAAUCGAUUCAACAACCGUGGACAAAAACAUGUGGACCGAUAGACAAUCUGCCGCAAGGAAAGCGGAGUGGCGUGCGAUACGAGAGUGGUUUGAGACCAAUGACGUUCCCGUGACGGAAUCAGAUUCAGUCUGGCAGAAAGUUGCUGAGGCAAGAACGGCCGCUCUGAAGGCAUUUGAUGACCAGACGAAAUCUGAAGCUGAAAAGACCAAACUUGAGAGGAGAGAAAGGAUACUCAAGACUGCGGCAAAGGAGGCCAGGAUCAGGUACGAAAGCAAGGCCCGCGUAUCGGAUCCGGAGUCCCCAGAGCAGUCUCUAGAGGAAUUCAUUGAGAAGGAGAAAAAGAUCGCCCUUGAGAAGUUUGAGGAGGACGAGGCAGGGAAAAAAGAACCUGAAUGGGCCGAUUCUCGCGAGAUCAAGAUGUUCUGGGCCGACAUGAAUGACGGACUGUUUGCAGGGGCGUGGCCCCAGAACGUCGUCCACAGCCAUUUGGCACCAUUCGGGAUUUCUAGAGCCGUGGAACGUGUCACAGCAGAGCACGCCGUUGAAGAUUUACCUGAAAAGAAAGAGAAAGCGGAUGAUGGGGUUCGCACUCGCGAAACCAAUAUUGUGAAGGCGAAGAGUGUGCAUGUUAUAGGAGGAGCCAUGGAUGAUGGCUGGAUGCCUUUCGAAAUGGCAACGAAGAGUAACCAGGAGCCGCCCGUUUGGACACCACGACCUGGAGAAGAAGAUGAAGAUGAAGAGUCGGAGCCAUACCGGGGGCCCGAAACUCGGUCCGAAAAGGAGACGGAGAAAAAGGAAUUUGAGGACAAAGAACUCGACUCUUUCGUCGUGGAAGCGAAACCCGCAGGCGUCUUUGGUCGCCUGCGUUCUUUCUUCAGUCAUUAA